UGCGUCAGUCCCGCCCCAGCUCUGGUCUCAGCCUCCAGUUCCAACCACAACGGCGGCCGCCCCAGCUCCAACCCGCGCUCGGCUCCUGCGCUCGGACCUUUCCAGGCGACCCACGCCAGCUGCGGGCCUGGUUCUCUGUCGCCUGCGCUCGUGUCCCGGGAUUCUCCUCCCGCCCUGCACCCUGGAGCGCCCGGCCGCCAGCUUCGGCCAGCUCCUCCGGAUCCUUGCGGCCGUGGGCAGCGGCUGUCGCGCCUGCUCCCCCGUGGGAGAACUGAUAAACCUCCCCUCUGAAGAGAGAAGCUCAGAAAGCUACAAGAUUAACCGGGCUCCUCCCGAGCAUCGAGCAGUUACUGGGGGACAAACGACACUGCAGCCAGCAAAGCAGGCCACAAGGACUACCCUUGCUGCACGUGCGCAGUAACUCUGGCUUCACAGCGGAGCCCUCGGAUAACACAGGCGCUCCCGCAAUAUGGCAGACGAAGACCUCAUCUUCCGCUUGGAAGGUGUUGACGGUGGCGGGUCCUCCCGAGCUGGCCACAAUGGGGACUCUGACACAGACAGUGACGAUGAUGAGGGCUAUUUCAUCUGCCCCAUCACUGAUGACCACAUGUCCAACCAGAAUGUCAGCUCCAAAGUCCAGAGUUACUAUAGCAACCGAAUGAAAACGGAAUGCGGGUCCACAGGGUCACCAGCCAGCUCCUUCCACUUCAAAGAAGCCUGGAAGCAUGCGAUCGAGAAGGCCAAGCACAUGCCUGACCCCUGGGCUGAAUUCCAUCUCGAGGACAUCGCCACAGAACAUGCUACUCGGCACAGGUACAAUGCUGUCACCGGGGAAUGGCUGAAAGACGAGGUUCUGAUCAAGAUGGCAUCUCAGCCCUUCGGCCGUGGAGCAAUGAGGGAGUGCUUCAGGACGAAGAAACUCUCCAACUUCUUGCAUGCCCAGCAAUGGAAGGGGGCCUCCAACUACGUGGCAAAACGCUACAUCGAGCCAGUGGACAGGAGUGUGUACUUUGAGGAUGUGCAGCUCCAGAUGGAGGCAAAGCUCUGGGGGGAAGAGUACAAUCGGCACAAGCCCCCCAAGCAGGUGGAUAUCAUGCAGAUGUGCAUCAUUGAGCUAAAGGACAGACAAGGCCAGCCUCUCUUCCACUUGGAGCACUACAUUGAGGGCAAGUACAUCAAGUAUAAUUCCAACUCGGGCUUUGUCCGUGACGACAACAUCCGACUAACACCACAGGCCUUCAGCCACUUCACAUUUGAGCGUUCUGGUCAUCAGCUGAUUGUAGUAGACAUCCAGGGUGUGGGUGACCUUUAUACCGACCCACAGAUCCACACUGAGAAAGGCACUGAUUUUGGAGAUGGUAACCUUGGUGUCCGGGGAAUGGCUCUCUUCUUCUACUCUCAUGCCUGCAAUCGCAUUUGCCAGAGCAUGGGCCUUGCGCCCUUUGACCUCUCCCCACGGGAGCAGGAUGCAGUGAAUCAGAGUACCAAGCUAUUGCAAUCAGCCAAGACCAUCUUGAGGGGGACAGAGGAGAAGUGUGGGAGUCCCCGCAUAAGGACACUCUCCAGCAGCCGGCCCCCCUUGCUUCUUCGCUUGUCAGAGAACUCCGGGGAUGAGAACAUGAGUGACGUGACCUUUGACUCUCUGCCUUCCUCCCCGUCUUCGGCCACACCACACAGCCAGAAAUUGGAGCACCUCCAUUGGCCAGUGUUCGGUGACCUCGAUAACAUGGGCCCUAGAGACCAUGACCGCAUGGACAAUCACCGGGAUGAGAAUAGUGGAGACAGUGGAUAUCCAAGCGAGAAGCGAAGUGACCUGGAUGAUCCUGAGCCCCGAGAACACGGCCACUCCAACAGCGAUCGAAGGCCUGAAUCCGAUGAGGAUAGCCUGGGCAGCUCUGGACGGGUCUGUGUGGAGACGUGGAACCUGCUCAAUCCCUCCCGCCUGCACCUGCCGAGGCCCUCGGCCGUGGCCCUAGAAGUGCAGAGGCUAAAUGCUCUGGACCUUGGAAGGAAAAUCGGGAAGUCUGUUUUGGGGAAGGUCCAUCUGGCCAUGGUGCGAUACCAUGAAGGCGGGCGCUUCUGUGAGAAGGAUGAGGAAUGGGAUAGAGAGUCAGCCAUCUUCCAUCUGGAGCAUGCAGCAGACCUGGGAGAACUGGAGGCCAUUGUGGGCCUAGGCCUCAUGUACUCUCAGCUGCCCCACCACAUCCUGGCUGAUGUCUCUCUGAAGGAGACAGAAGAGAACAAGACAAAGGGCUUUGAUUACUUACUGAAGGCGGCAGAAGCUGGUGACAGGCAGUCCAUGAUUCUAGUGGCCCGAGCUUUUGACACUGGCCUGAACCUCGGCCCAGACAGGUGUCAAGACUGGUCAGAAGCCUUGCACUGGUACAAUACGGCCCUGGAGACGACGGACUGCGAUGAAGGCGGGGAAUACGAUGGGAUACAGGACGAGCCCCAGUAUGCACUGCUGGCCAGGGAGGCGGAGAUGCUGCUCACCGGGGGAUUUGGAUUGGAUAAGAACCCCCAAAGAUCAGGAGACUUGUAUACCCAGGCGGCCGAGGCAGCAAUGGAAGCCAUGAAGGGCCGGCUAGCCAACCAGUACUACGAGAAGGCUGAAGAGGCCUGGGCCCAGAUGGAGGAAUAACUGUCCCACAGGAUCACUGCCAAGGAGAAGGGCUGGGGGUGGGGGGUGGGACUCAUUUCUUUUGGGAGGGGAGAAGUAGUUUUGUUAUGGUAUAAAUUCACUUUUGUAUUCCAUUUUUUUUGACUCUUGACAGUCUUUGCAACUGGCAGAGACAUUAUAACUGCUCUUUUAAGGGUGGUAUUUUGGGGGAGUAAGGGAUUGAAGAUGCAGGAAAAUUUUUCCCCAUUUUUCUUUUUUGGUCCUGAGAUGUAAGCAAGUAUCUUUCUGUCUGAAUGAGCAGACAAUAUCAGGGCUUCUCUCGCCAGCCUUUGCAGGCAGGACUCACAUCUCAGGGUCUCCAGGCCACGUGCUGGGAAUCCAAAUGGAGAACAGAGACCUUUCUAUUAACUUUCCACGAUGGGUCUUUCUUUUAAUUUUGAGAGGGGUAUGUGAUAUUUUUUUUUUCCUCCAGUGGAUGUGAGAUGGUUCAAUACCCAGGCUCCUUCUUGCUGGGGGAGAUAUUUAUAUAACUCUUUCACCUAAUGUCCUUCCACUGGGCACGUGAUUUCUUGGCAUCCAUCUAAAUUCCAUUUUUUUUUUAAAGACCUCCUAUCUACUAUAAAUUUUACAAAACAGGUUUGGCCUUUAUACAUGCAUAUUUACUACCUCCGAGUCCUGCAUUGGGGGAUGUGGAAGCAGCUGUACCUCAAAGCUUUCACAGUAAGACCAUGGCUUAGGAGCUGGGCGACUUUCCUCCAAACAGAAGUGCCCUCUGCACCCCAUGGCCACAUCUACUAUGAGACUAAAGCAUCCUUGUUCAGAAUUCCGUGGCCAUUUCUCAAUGUGAUGUUUCGUGGGCUCUGCCCUCAGCUGCUGUCUUUGACAUUUUUUCUUGAAACUAGGUUUUACUUACUUGACUCUAGGUCAUCUGCAGCAAGCGGCUUCCAGCUGCAGCCCCUGGGGAUUUGUCUAAGAUGUGUGGGAAUGAAGGGACAGGAGUGUAAACACUGACUGGGUCUGGGCAUUUCCCCAGGGUCAGUCUGGGACUUUGAUGAGCUUUCUCUUUAAAAGGAGUUGGGAUUUAAUGGGAGUGUGAUUUCAGCCACAGGGAAAUGGCCCAUUUUGAUCCAUGGACCAACUCUAUCUUUGUUUAGAAAACAGAACAGCAGAAUGGGACAUGCAAGCCAUUCUCACCUGGUGGCUAAAACAGGCCUUUUAAGGAUUUCACUGUUGAGUCUGCCCAGUCAAAAACUUGUAGAAGCAUUAGAUUGUAAAGUCUAGAAUAUAUGUCCUUUGAGGAAAAAUCAGAGUCAUUAACCUUGGAGGCUGGGAGCUGUGGUAUACAUCUGUAAUCCUAGCAAAGUUUGUGGCCAGCCUGGGCUAUGUAAUGAGACCCUGCCCCCAAAAACAAACAACAAAAAGAGCCCGGUAGAUGACUCAUGGAUGAAGUUCCUGCCGAA